GUCCGGCCCCGCCCAGCCCAGCCUCAAUGAAGCAGCAGCAGCGCUGUAACGGCCCAGCCCCGCCUCACUAAAGCAGCGGCAUCAUCACCCACCCAUCCCGGACAGACCGAACUGCGAUGCUGCCUGACCCCUGGAGGGUUUUGUUGAACACCGUGGUGGGAUUGGUUCAGCGGUGGGAUUGUGCCUGUGUAAGGGUGUGCGGCAGUGAAGGAUGACCGAGUACAAGCUGGUGGUGGUGGGCGCUGGUGGCGUGGGCAAGAGUGCCCUCACCAUCCAACUCAUCCAGAACCACUUUGUGGAUGAGUACGACCCUACCAUCGAGGAUUCGUACAGGAAGCAGGUGGUGAUUGAUGGGGAGACGUGUUUGCUGGAUAUUCUGGACACAGCGGGUCAGGAGGAGUACAGUGCGAUGAGAGACCAGUACAUGCGCACUGGGGAGGGAUUCCUCUGCGUCUUUGCAAUCAACAACAUCAAGUCCUUCGAGGAUGUCCACCUGUACAGAGAACAGAUUAAUCGAGUGAAAGACUCUGACGACGUUCCCAUGGUUUUAGUUGGAAAUAAGUGUGACCUUCCAUCACGCACUGUGGACACGAAGCAAGCACAGGAACUGGCAAAGAGUUAUGGAAUCCCUUUCAUAGAAACUUCUGCCAAAACAAGACAGGGUGUGGAAGAUGCAUUCUACACACUAGUGCGUGAAAUUCGUAAAUACAAAGAGAAGAUCAGCAAAAAUGGUAAAAGGAAGAAAAAGAACUCGAAGAAAAGGUGCAUAAUUCUUUAAAAUAACUCGGACCUGUGACCCUAAACUGCAAGGAUUGUGUAUCAUAAGUGAACAAAAAAGGAAAGAUCUCUCUCCUUAACAAUCGUCAUUGUCUAACCCUACCCUCGACUUCCAACCUCCACCGAGCUCUUUUCACCCGAAACCGAACAACCAGAGGAAGCAAAAGUAGACUGCAGUUUUCACAGCUUCAAACAUUCAGGGUCGCAGCAAUGCAUUAAAACUGCAGUUUCCCAGUGCAGACCACGUACAAUCAUACAGCUAUUGAAAUGUGAUUGGAAGAAUUUAUAGACUAGACGGUGUAGUGGGGAUGUCAGGCAUCGAUGAACACCCGUGAAGAGAUCAGCAGUUAACUGGAUUUCAAUGCUCUUGAAAAGCUCAACAUUUGUACAGAAAAUGUUUCCCCUUUUCCAAAUGCAGAUUUUUAAACUUUCUCCACCAUGCGAGUUGAGUAACACCGGAUGACUUCCUAACUGGUCUGCAGAUCAAUAAAGGGAAAUGAGGAAGGGAGGGAGAGAGAGAGAGGGAGGUGUGUCUGUUUUGUAUUGUUGGAGUGGAUGUUUCUUGCCAUCAGGUAAUGGCAAAAAACAUCAAUGGCAGAAGAUUACACAGCCAUUCACUUACCUUCCUGCCUUCCAAGCUUAUAAGCCUUUAUAAUCUUGCUCCCUGCGAAACACCUAACGUCACAGGACUUGUCUGGCAUGAUACUUUUUGCAAUGACUAAAAGGUGAAGAUUUGAACGUGAACCCUGUUUUCAUAAGUACAGGUUAGAUGUUGAGUAUUUAUGAAAGAAACUAGUUCAUUAAUUCGGCAGACUGAAGAAGGGUUUCGGCCCUGAAAUGUUGCCUAUUUCCUUCGCUCCAUUGAUGCUGCCUCACCCGCUGAGUUUCUCCAGCAUUUUUGUCUACCUUCGAUUUUCCAGCAUCUGCAGUUCCUUCUUAAACAAUAGUUCAUUAAUUCACUACUUUGCUGAACCCAAAUGUUUAUCUUUGAUUUUUUAAACAUUUAAUUUGCAUCCUGUACAAAUGCAGUUAUUGUUGGCUAAUAGUUCCAUAGUUAAUUGACACACUCCAUCAGACUGCUGUGAAAGGUGUCAAUUUUGGAGAACUACUGUUAUGUAUUGUGUAAGUACUGCACUAAUCUGUGGCAAUGUCCUCAAUACCAUGUAUAAUUCAGGAUGUAUGAAGUUGUUUCAACAAAGUAAACGUGUCUCAACUAAUUUACUGAUCUAUGUGAUACAAACAUGACAGCAGAAUCACCAUUUAUUUGACAGCAGACGAACUGUGCCAGUCACUACAUGUAUUAGAACAUAGAACAGUACAGCAUGGGAAUGGGCCCUUCACCCACAAUGUUUUGCUGAACAUGAAGCCAGAUCUCAUCUGCCUGUACAUGAUCCAUAUGCCUCUAUUUGCCUAUCUAAAAGCCUCUUAAAUGCCACUAUCCUAUCUACCUCCACCACCACUCCUGGCAAUGUGUUCCAGGCCCCCACUAACCUCAGUCAAAACCUGCCCUGUACAUUUGCAUUAAACUUUUCCCUUCUCACCAAAUAGCUAUGCCCUCUAGUAUUGGACAUUUCUAUCCUGGGGGAAAAAGGUUCUGUCUCUGCUCAUAAUUUUCCCCCAAACCACCAGAAAAAAAAUCAAAGUCUAUUCAACUUCUCUGUGUAGUUGAACAUUUCCUUUCCUACAGUACAGCCUUUGUUUCAAAGUCAGGUUUAGACAUCAACUGAUGUACAGCUGAACUUCAAGUUACUUUUGUGUGUACUGGAUGUAUUUGGAAGGCAUUAAAUCUCUGAGAAUGUGGGUAAAGAUGAACUCUAAUAACUCUGCAAGACCUUGCAAAACUUGGCAGGUCCAGAACAGUUUGGCGAAUUUAUUCAUAUUUGAUAUACUGACAAUCCUUGGAUUGCAAAAGCCCUGACAUGAAUUUUCCACCUGACAAAAGAUGUUUGAAAAAUCUUGAAACAAUUUCUAGAAAACUACUUCACAGAGCAUCAGAAUUGGGCCUGUGAGGCAACACUGAACGAUACGACACAGGAAUAGGCCCGUCCAGGACAUGAUCUUCUUCUUGCGUAUGGUGUGCACAGCCUAAAGUUGUAGGACAACUUGUUCUAUUUGAUCUUACUUGAUUGUGCACGUCUGGUUGGAUCGCAUUCGUCGAAACGGCGGACCACGUGAAGGUUGCAAUCUCCCACCUCGUCCAGGACAUGAUGACUGCCGAAUAUGAUGCCAAUCUCACCUGUCUACACAUAAUUCAUAUCCCUUCGUUCACUGCAUAUCCAUGUGCUUAUAUUAUCUAAGAGCCUUUUAAAUGCCAAUUAUAUCUGCCUCCACCAUCAUUCUUGAUGGCAUGUUCCAGGCACCCCCACCACCCUCUGUGGUGGGGAAUUGCCCUGCACAUUGCCUUUAAAAUUUGCCCCUCACUGUAAAGCCAUGCCCUCUGACAUUUCCAUCCUGUUAAUGAGGUUCUGACUGUCUUGUGAUUUAGAAUCGAUUAAUUGCGGAGGCAGAGGUGUUAUUUUCGGUGCAAUUGAGUGUUUUGAACCACUGUACCGACUGUUCAAAGAUCUGUGAGGUAUCUUCUGCUGGUUGGGAACGGGCCACUUCUCUUCCAACCCCAAGUCCCAACAAUUGAAGGCUGGGUCGAGCAGAGCUGGGAUCGCUGAGCAGACCCAUUCAGUCAGUGAGGCUGGCUUGUAGCUCUUCCUAUAGCUGCUUGCUCCUCCAUCUCGGCUGUGUCUGAUCCUCUCAUACAUUCAGUGUUUGACUUACAAAAUGUUUGGGUUACCAACAGUUCUCAGGAACCCAGGGAUCGCAUGUACUUAAUGUAUUAGAAUGUCUUAUUUUGUUUUGCACUUGAACAAAUAGAUUACAAGUGCCAAUGGACGAUUUUGAAAUUGUGAAUUCAUCCACCGUUAGUUCACAUUUCCUUCAGUAAAUUGCUUUAGCGGAAGCUCAGCAGUUAAAUUGCUUUCACGGUAGUGUAAUUGGCUCCCCAAAUUUGCCAAGAACAAACGUGCUUUAUAUCAGAUUUUAAAUGGUUCAUAGCUAAUCAGUUUUGAAUUGGUUAUUCUUGCGGCACUUCAAUUUGCCCAGCUGACGAUGUGUUUGCUUCAGCAGUGUAGUUUGCAGAACUGCAAAACUGUCUGAAUACAAGAUAUCCUGUAAUCAGCAUUGCUGGAAGAGGGUCUCUGCUUACAACUACAUUUAAAAGACGGUACUGCAAAAUGGGUAGCUCUCUUAGCGGCUGCAGCCUGACCAGGUGUAAGUCACCAUUGACUGUUCAGAUGAGUGACUUCUGCAGUCAAUGUUGUGAUAUUUAAUGCAUUUGGUAAUUUAGAGGGAUACCAUGGGUGUGAAAGCCUGCCAACAUUCAUACUGUGGUGAACUUUGUACAAAAAAAAAGUUGGACUGGAAAUUGACAAAUUUGUGACUUUUUCUAAAAAUGUAAUUCACUUUGCUGUUUUAAUUCAUUGUUAUAUUUUAAAUAAAGUGUAGCCUGUAA